AUGGAGGAGGAGGAGGCAAACUAUGAGGAUGAUGAGCCAGAACCUGAAAAUGGCGACAACGAAGAUGAGAAGCCGCAGGCCCAGCCAAAGGCGGCUGGCGCUGCCAAGAAGCGGCGACGUGGAAAGGGCAAAGCAAAGGCCCAGAGCCCCAAAGAGCAGGAAGAGCGCAAGGUGGUUGCGGACACCAUUGGGCGCUCCAUCCUGACAGCGAAGAUGAAAAAGACAAAGAUGUGCGAGUUCCACAAGGAGGGAAGGUGCAAAUACGGUGCAGACUGCGCCUUUGCACAUACAGAGCCGCCGCCCGAGACCGGCGCAUUGAGGGUCGGAGUUGCAGCAGGCCCCAGACUUGCGAAAAACACGACUUUGCCGAGCAUUUUUGCAGGGGAAGUGCGACGAUUCCGACUGCAAGUUCGCACAUGGCGAGGAGGAGCUGAGAGCGUCCAACAUCUGUUUCAAGACCGCGCUGUGCACUUGGUUCGAGAAGGGCAACUGCCAAAGCGGCAAGGGCAUUGCAAACGACUCAUACUGCUGAAGGUCGAGGAGCUUCGGGACGAUCCGGAUGCGAAGGUCCACUGGAUGUCGGAGCCCUCGAGGAAGCGCAAGGCCGAGGCCGAGCCUGCCGAGGAUCUGGGCCUCGGUGGGCUUUAUGACUUUCUUCCCCCUCCUGAUCCAGAGAAGGACAAGGCUACAGCUGCUAAGGCACGCAAAGCCGAGCAGCUGAGCACGCGGCCCAAGCUUCCGCCCGUCGACAGGUCAAGAGUAAUCUUCCUGGAUGUCGACGGUGUCCUUCUCCCGGCUGGCAGCGUCGAAAUGAUAUUCAUUGAUGGCGUCAUGCUGCCUGUGCGAGCGGCAAAGGAAGCGGACUUCAACAGAACUGCUCUGUCCAACCUGCGGGCGAUAGUACAGCAGACUGGUGCUUCGAUUGUUCUGUCCUCCGAGUGGCGACGGAAGGAGGAGAUGAGGGACAACAUCCGAAGAACUCUUCAAACCCAGGAUAUUCCUGGUAUUCAAGAUGCUACGCCGAUCUUCCAGCCCUCGGCCGAGCUCGUCAAGCAGAGGCUUGAUCAGGCGAUCAUUUGGGCCGAGCGCCGCGCACGAGAGAUAGGCAGCUGGCUGAAGCAGCACAAAGAUGUCAAGGCUUGGGUGGCCAUUGACGAUAUCGACUUUAGCUGGGCUGACAGCGUAAAGGUGUCGGGAACACCGCUGAUGAAGCAUCGCUCAGUCCUGACAAACCCGAAGUACUGCAUAACUGAGAAGGAUGCCGAAGAGGCGGUUCGCAUCCUCCUGAACCCUCCCGUCAUCGCUCCAGGUGAGGAGGCUGAUGCAAUUGCCGCUGCCAGAUAUCUGACGGAGGAGGCACUAGCGAAAUGCGCAGGGGCUGGACUGAUGUGA